GCUGAGGCUUUGGAGAGUUUUCCUGUGUGGGGGUGAGUUUGUUUGGCAGACACACAGUGAGGUCGCUGCUAAGGACGCGCUGCUCACAUGAGGAUUUGUUGGUUUAACGCGCGUUAAAUUCGUUUUUUCCUGGAGAAAGUCGGCCGAUUAGUUCCAUCUGUUGCCCGGCUGCGUGUCUUCUCUCUGCGGAUGUCCUCUCCUUGCUCCGCUGCUCUGUGAACUCACCCCCCUCCCUCCCCAGCGAGCCUCCGCAGAGCUCCAGGAGCAGCAUGGCAGCAGGAGUCGCGGCGUGGCUGCCGUUCGCCCGCGCGGCAGCCAUCGGGUGGAUGCCGGUGGCCAGCGCGCCCAUGCCGCUGCCUCCGAAGGACAAGCGCCGCGGGCAGGGCGGGCUGAUCGUGCUGAACGUGAGCGGCACAAAGUUCCAGACCUGGCGGGAUACACUGGAGAGGUACCCGGACACCCUGCUGGGCAGCUCGGAGCGGGACUUCUUCUUCCACGAAGAGAGCAACGAGUACUUCUUCGACCGCGACCCGGACAUCUUCCGCCACAUCCUCAACUUCUACCGCACCGGGAAGCUGCACUUCCCGCGCCAGGAGUGCAUCUCCGCUUACGACGAGGAGCUGGCGUUCUUCGGCAUCAUCCCGGAGAUCAUCGGGGACUGCUGCUACGAGGACUACAAGGACCGGCGGCGGGAGAACCAGGAACGGAUCCAGGACGACGAGGAGAUGGAGCAGACCAACGAGCUGGUCUCCCAGGACAUGAGCUUCCGGGAGUCAAUGUGGCGGGCCUUUGAAAACCCGCACACCUCCACCAUGGCGCUGGUCUUCUACUAUGUCACCGGCUUCUUCAUCGCGGUGUCAGUGCUGGCCAACGUGGUGGAGACGGUCCCCUGGGGAACCGCGCCGAACCGCGUCAAGGAGUCGUACGGCGAGCGGUUCGCGCGGGCCUUCUUCUGCCUGGACACCGCGUGCGUCAUGAUCUUCACGGCGGAGUACCUGCUGCGCCUGUUCGCCGCGCCGAGCCGCUACAAGUUCGUCAAGAGCGUGAUGAGCAUCAUCGACGUGGUGGCCAUCAUGCCCUACUACAUCGGCCUCGUCAUGACGGACAACGAGGACGUGAGCGGCGCCUUCGUGACCCUGCGGGUCUUCAGGGUGUUUCGGAUUUUCAAAUUCUCGCGGCACUCUGCGGGACUUCGCAUCCUGGGCUACACUCUGAAGAGCUGCGCGUCGGAGCUGGGCUUCCUGCUCUUCUCCCUCACCAUGGCCAUCAUCAUCUUCGCCACCGUCAUGUUCUACGCGGAGAAAGGAUCCCCCGGCAGCAAGUUCAUCAGCAUCCCGGCCGCCUUCUGGUACACCAUCGUCACCAUGACAACGCUGGGAUACGGGGACAUGGUCCCAAAGACCAUUAUGGGGAAGAUCUUUGGCUCCAUCUGCUCUCUGAGCGGCGUGCUGGUCAUCGCCCUGCCGGUUCCUGUCAUCGUCUCCAACUUCAGCCGAAUCUACCACCAGAGCCAGAGAGCGGAGAAGAGACGAGCGCAGAAGAAAACCAGGCUUGCUAGAAUUCACGCGGUGAAGAGUGGAGGGGCUAACGCUUAUUUGCAGUACAAACGCAGCCGGCUGCCCAAUGACCCGGAUGAGGAGGCAUCCAAGGAAGCAGGACAGGCGCUGGUGUGUAAAACCAACCCCAGCUUCGAGGUGCAGCAUCAUCACCUUCUGCACUGUCUGGAGAAGACCACGAACCACGAGUUUGUGGAUGAGAAGACGUAUGAGACGAGCUGCAGGGAGGUGACUCUGGUGAAGCAGGUUUCUCAUUCGUCCUCCAUCUCCUCCUCCUCCUCCUCGCCUCAUGGCCUCACGUCCUGCUGUGGCCGCAAGAAGAGGAAGACCUUCAAUGUCCCAAACUCCAACAUGUCUGUGGGUCUGCAGGGCAGCCUCCAGGAGCUGAGCACCAUCCAGAUCAGAGAGAGACCGCUCACCAACAGUCGUUCAAGUCGAUCCAGUUUGAACACCAAAUUCGAGGAGACGGUUCCGCUGAACUGCGACCAGUCGUACAUCACCGCCGCCGUCAUCAGCGUGCCCACACCGCCUGGCACCAUGCCCGAAGGCGACGAAUCAGCCAGCUCCACCGACUACUCCCAGGCUAACAUUGUCCGGGUGUCAGCCCUGUAAGACACGGAAACACAACACAUCCGGUAGGAGGACAGCAGGGGUUCAGGGUCGGGGGGUCGAUGGGCCCAGCACCACAGCAGACUCAGACGGCGGGAGGUCGGUAGCUGCAUCACGUGUCCGCUUUGGAAGUGACAGGUUAGGUCUCCACUCCACCUCUCCGGAGGAAACUGUCACUGAAACUCAGCUGACUCUGCUCUGGGCUGCAAACUUUUCUUCAUUUUCUUUUAUGAAGAAUUUUUACUUCUGUGCUGAAACAUCAGGAGAGAAAGCGGCAGCACAGCAGCUGGUCGCCGAACUCUCUCUGAGAUGACGUUACAUCGUUACCGUUGCUAUUUUUCCAGUUUCCUGUUUGUCUUCAGAUUUUUCUUAAAACACAAAGAAAGCUGAUGAUAAUGUAGGUUUCGUCAUCCGAAUGGUUUAAAGGAGUAAUUGGGCAUUUUAGGAACUACACUGUUAACCAUCUUACCACGGUCAGCCGCUGCCGCUGAGGUCACUGGGGUCACUGCCGUCACCACCUCACUAAAACUAGUGCAGUCUAAUCCAGUGUGUGUUCACUGUGCGAUCACGCUGGAGGCUGUUGAACUGUGUGACAUUAUACAGAGAGGUGUGUGUUGCUUUGAACGGGCUGCACAAACAUUAGACUGCACCAGUUUUAGCUUGGUGUGUCUAACUGGCGACUGAGUGGAUUAUAUGGUUAUAAAAUGAUAUACGUUUAAUUUCUAAUUAUUUUUUCACUGGCUUUGAAAAAAUUUACAGAAAAUAUCGACUUUGUUUAUAUAUUACUUUAGAAUUUAUAUGUUGUUUUAAACGUGAUAUUUAGUUUCAUUUAAAUGUUUGUUCUUUUGUGUUACUAUUUAUUUUAAUUAUAUUCUAUAUUAUUUUUUAUAUUUAUUAAAUUAUAUUAUAUUUAUUAAUUUCUUAUUCGUUUAUAUUUAUAUUUCUUCAUUUAUUAUUUUUGUUUGAUCCUUUAUUUGUAUUUAUGUCUAAAAUUCUGAAUGUGACCGAAUCACAGAGUGACAGAGAACAGAGUUCAGGUCGUGUGACUUUCCAUGACCAUGAUAUGUGGAUAGUCUGGAUUCUAGAUGAGUGCUGUGUAAAAUGGUUAACAAGUGUUCCACCAAAACGACGAGCUUUUCCUUUCAUCGGUGAUUCGUCGGAGGAGGUUUUGUAUUUGCAGCUUGAUGUUGAACGAUAAAAGGAGGAAAACCUUUCAGCAUGUUCAGUAUCUGUGUGUGUUUGCGUGCAUGGACCGGGUGUGUUUUCACGUGUCGGGUUGUUCCUCUGCAUGCAGAUCUGAUCAAAAGGUCCUGACUGUGUACAUAUUAGUUUUCUACCUGAUCUCUGAGUCAGGACUGACUCUGCUGUACACAAACAUGAACACAUCUGAUCACCAAGAAAAAUGUUGACGUCAGUUUGUGAUACUGGAGCUGGCGUUUAUCUCCGUCGUCUUGCUUGGUGGUUUAUUUAACACACGUUGCCUAAAGUUGUUUUCAUUGUUUUCUUUUUUAAUCAUUUGCUUUCAGACGGGUUUAAAUCCCUGUGUUUUUUGUCUUUUAUCAGUAAAGAAGUUGAUUGAACUGGUUUCAGGGAGAACACAGUUCUGAAUCAUCACUGCUAUCCACAGUAAGAGGAGCAGGAUCUUUAUCCACUGGAUCAACAUUUCAUUCGUUAACCCAACGACUAUCUAAACUUAUAUUUUCCUGUUUUUUCGUUUAUUUUCGAGUGUACACGUAAUUCUGCAGCACCGUACGUUGUACUCGAUAACAGUCGAGUACUGAUCAUGUUCAUCGACAGCAAAUGUUGUUUAGUAAGUAAAAGUAAAUAACUGCCAGAAUCCCUCAGUUAUACUCCUUCAGAAUAUUGCAUUAAUAUCACAUUAAUAUCAUUAAGGAUCUUUGGACAUUCAGAGCUCAGCGACAGCUCCUGCUCUCAGUCUGUGAAUUUAUAACGUUAGCUAAAGUUAGUGGUAGCAUUAGCUGAGCUGCCGUGGGUCAGACUGACAGGAUCAGCCGGUUCCUGCUGAUCCUGCUGAUCCUGCUGACAGCUUCAGCAGGAUCAGCAGGAUCAGUUUAGAUGAUAUCUGAUGUCUUCGGAUUCAUCAGACGUCUGAAGUAUCACAGUAACGUAGCUGCUCUCCGUAAAUCUGAGCUACAUUAAACUGUGGAAAUGCUUCGUGCUGAUUCUGACGGUUCAGAGGAUGAAACAUGUUUGCAAAUUAAUUUAUUCACUUUUUAUUUCUCAGCCUGAGAUGUUCAGAUUGAUAGAAUCAUGUCUGUGUGUUACGUGGAGCUAGCGUCAUGAGUAGCCUAAUGUUAGCUGUGCGCUUGUUCAUCAACAGAUAUUUUCAGCAUGUAACUCGUUUUAACUGCAGCUCUCAAACUUUUUACAGUUUACAGUUUUUACUGUUUGUGUGCAGAUGAAUCAGAGCUUUAUUAGAUGUUAGUAAGUGUAUUAGUAUGUUAGCGCAGAGCCAGGCUAGCUGUUCUUCCCUGCUUCAAGUCUCCAUGCUACGCUAAGGUAGCAUGAAAAGCUCACUCAGAAGUAAAAGUUUCAUUUUCAGUGAAAUAAUUUACUGAAAGCAAAAUAAUUUCAUAGUUCAACAUAGUUCAGUACUUCCCAAAAUAUUAUUUCUUUGUCGGAAUCAGUGACGUAAUAUCUCUCUUCCAUGUUGUUAAACUAACACAACACCAAAGUCUGUACAUAAUUUGGUGAAUGUUUUAGGGUUAGGGUCCUCAUUUUGCUUUUCAUGUCCCUGAAAUACUGGAAUAUUCAGUGUUGAGGGUUUGAGUUUUAUUGUAAACGGACAAAUGGGAAAACACUGAAUAUUUUUGGUCUGAAAAUGUCAUGUCAUCAUCUGCCGCUUAUCUGGGUCCAGCCCCAGGUCGCGGGGGCAGCCCACCCAAUUCACAAUGCACCGAAGUCCUAUGGCACCUCGA